AGUAAAGACGUAUCCGUCUCUUUCUAAUACUAGUGUAUGGUUUCCAUUGGAAUCCUCAGUAACUACUGUACUUUGAAUUUUCCACAUCGAGAACAAUGCAGCGAAUUAUUGUUACGUUUUCUCGGAAUAUGGCUUCGUUCAGUACGUGAAAUAAACAUCUCUGUGAUUAAUUUAAAGCAGUUCUUUCAUAAAAAAAUUACAAGCCAAGUGAGAAUGGUUGGUGAACGAGGAUCAGGUGCUGGUCAAGGUGGAGGUGGCGGUGGUGCCAUUCGAGAUGCUGGAGGAUCUUUUGGCAAAAUGGAAGCUGCCCAUGAAGACCAGUAUUUUUAUAAUCAAGAUAAGGCAAAGCUUCAGAAACUGAAAGAGGAUCUUCAUGACGAGAUCUCUUUCCACGAAGAACAAAUUAAACGCCAUCAAGAAGCUAUUAGCCGUCACAAAAAAAGAAUUACAGACAUGGAUAAUCAUUAAGACACUUUUCCUGCUGAUAUUCCUAAUUUUCUAAGUGUGAAGUUGUUCUUUAUAAUAACUAUUAUAUACUAUGGAUAGUAAUAAUAGUAGAACAUCAUGUGUAUCAUUUUUUUUCACUGCAAAAGAUUAUAUAUAUAUAUAAAUAGGAAGAAAUGCAUUAAAUAAAAAACUGCUAAACUGU